AUGCUUCAUAAAGUACAAGUUAUAUUGAAUGAUCCAAUAUUAAAAAUACCUGAGGCAAUAGAAAUUCGAUGGUUAAGUCAUUAUAAAAUAGUUCAUGCAAUUAAACAGUCCUAUAUUGCUAUAGUUACUACUUGUGAACACAUUCAUCAAGACGGGGCGGAUUUAGCGUCUUUAGCAGGUGGAAUUUUACUAAGUCUCCGUGAAGAAAGUUUUAUAAUACUUUUGUGUAGAUUGGAUGAAAUAUUAGGCGCAAUUUCAAAUUUAAGCUUAACAUUGCAAGGUCCUAAAAUUGUUAUUUCAACUUUAACUACAUUAAUUAAAAGUACUACAUGUCAUUUAAAUAAUAUUUUAGAAAGUUCGAAACAAGAUGUUGUGAACAAAAUUAGUAUUAUUAAAAACGCUACAGAUAUUUCAAAUCAACUUAAUUCAUCGAGAAAAGACGAUUGUUUCAAAGAAACUUUAUCUUGUCUUUCAAAUUUUUUAGAACAAACCAUAAAAGAAAUGAAUUGUCGACUCAAUGAUACUGCUUUAACACUUAUUGAAGGAUGCUCAAUAUUUGAAAUUACAGAUCAUUUUCAAAUUCAUCAAUAA